CGCACGCUCGCUCCCAGGGUAUCCCCGCCAUGGACCUGCAGCUGCUGGAGCACCGGGUGCGGGUAACCAGCAUAGACAAGUCCGGCCUGUGGUUUUACACUCACCCGCUGGUCAAGCUGCUCUUCCUGCCGCACCGCACCAGAUGCAAGUUUUUCAGCUUGACGGAAACCCCUGAAGACUACACGCUGAUGCUGGACGAAGAAGGCUUUGAAGAGCUACCCCCAUCAGAUUACCUGCACGUGGCGGAAAACACGUGGCGAGUACUGAACGUCCUGUCCAAUGGGUGCUCUUCAAGUGGCGUCCAGACUGUGGGUGUUACGAAGAUCGCCAAAUCUGUCAUCGCCCCUCUGGCCGAGCACAAUGUAUCUGUGUUGAUGUUGUCGACCUACCAGACUGACUACAUUUUGGUCCGGGAUGAGGAUCUCCCUGUGGUCUUUAGCACACUCUCAGGAGAACUUAGUAUCUACAGGGAGGAGAACGGAGACUUGGUUCAGAUGAAUCGUGGUGAAGCCACUAAUGAAUUGAAGAAAAAGAGCUUAUUCAGUCUGACGGUACAUCCAGUGCAAAGUCCACCGAAUAGAUUCUGUAUUUUGACCUUGGAUCCGGACACUCUUCCGUCCAUUUCAACCAUUCUCCUGGAUGUCCUUUUCUAUUCCCACACAUCUCAAAGCAGUUCAUCUGCUGCCUCCCAGGACAUUGGAUUAUUCCAUUUUUUUGCCUUUUCCUUGAUAGAUGGGUACAUCUCUAUUGUAAUGGACACAGAGGCACAGAAGAGGUUUCCAACUGACUUACUUCUAACAAGUUCAUCUGGGGAACUUUGGAGAAUGGUGAGAAUUGGUGGGCAGCCCCUGGGCUUUGAUGAAUGUGGAAUCGUGGCCCAAAUAGCAGGACCUCUGGCUACUGCAGACAUAUCUGCCUAUUACAUUAGCACCUUCAAUUUUGAUCACGCCUUGGUGCCAGAAGAAGACAUUGAGCGUGUUAUCUGUUUGUUACACCAGCGGCAGGAAGGUCAAAGCUAAGAUGGAGUUUUCCAGAUAAGUUUACUGUCUGUUGGCUGCUUAUUCAGUGACUGGAGACUCUGGGAUACCUUGAAAGCAGGAAGACAGGCCCUGAGUUGCUGCACACUCCACUUCUCACUCGAAGAUAGAAAUGCGUUCUAAAGGUCUUUCCAAAGCUAUAUCCCCUGUGCCACGUAGCACCGUCGACUAAUUUCAUUUUUUUUUUCAGGGAAUCGGCUACUUAAAAAAAGGGCUUGUCUCAGAAAAGCACUUACAUACACUCUGAAACACGAGUGACAGAUGCUGCAGUGACGGGUCCAGGCAGCACAAAAUUAAACUUUUUAUAGGCAUGCACUUUUCUACAGAAAAGCAAAUGUGAUGCCACAUUUGAAAGCAAUAAGCACAAGUGCUUAAGUAAUCAUUUAAAAAUAUAGGUUAUUUGCCUUUUUUUCCGUGUUUUUUGAUGGAAUAAAAGCUAAAGUUUGCCAUCAGUGUACAUGUUGUGGUGCUUUUGGGAUGUGAAGCAGAGUUUAAAUGUAAAAGUUUAACAUCCGUUGAGUUGUAAAUAAAUAGUGGUUUGGUUUUAA